GUCAAGAGUCGCGGGGGCGCCGUCGUGCGCUACCGGCGACGCGCGUCCUCAGGACAAGUUCAUGAUGAUGCGCUGGCUGGUCUGUCUAUUUAUGCUAGCGUUUGGCGUCCGCGCCUGGCAGGUGGGACCUGCUGCACAAAGGCUGGCUGUGAGCAGUGCACGCGGCGCGGGACGCGGCGCGGCGGAGCAGGCCGGCGCAGACGCUAUCGCAGCGACAGACGCCAUCGCCGCGGAGGACGCCAGACUCUGCGCGGAAGCGCGCGCCGCGACCGAGGCCGGGGAUCAGGCGGCAGCGCGUAUAGCCUGGGCCGAGCUCGAGGACGUGCGCUCGCGCGCCGCUAGAAUGCCGUGCAAAGCACCAAAACCGAACGCGGAGCUCCUGCGCCUCGUCGACAAAUUGGGACAGAGUCGGCGCUACAUCGCCUAUCUCAAGCUUCAUCGGACUGAAUUAAGGCGGCUCAGCACGCGCACGGUCCUGGCGAGGCGCGCCGCGGAAGUACCCCUGGCGGACCUCGCUCCGCCGCUGACGCGGCCAACCGAGAGCCCCGAGGCGCGGUCCGCCGUGGAGGCGUUGAUUCGCGAAGCCGAGGCUGAGAAUACAGCAGUCGCAUGGGAGGCCGUGGAAGAGGUCCUCGCGCGAGACAAUUCGGUAGCGUGCGCGCCGUCGCUGGACGACGAGGGCACGGUCGAAGACGAUUUGAUCAACUUGGAGGUGGAGCUGGCGCUGGAGCAUCUCGAGGCGCUCGCGUGCCGGGCGGAGAUGAGCGGGGCGUUUUCGAGUCUGCGGCGGCAAGUGUAAAUAAUGUACAUGUGAAUCGUAGAGAAU